CCUUGCACUACGGCCUCAGCGAACGUGGGAGCCCAUCGGUUUCGGUCACACAGCUUUAGGAUCGCGGUGGCAAAUGUUUUCCCUUUAAGCGUGGGGGCGGCUCCCGGCCAGAAGGCGCGGGCUGGGCGGGGUUGAAUUCUGGGACACCGAGCACAACGUGGCCACGUGCUUCCCGAGUCGCCCGCAAAAGGGAGCAGUACCCGUGUGCCUCUCGGCCUGCACAGCGCAGCGAUGUCCGGAGCAUCAGCCAGGAGCCUGGGGAAGGGAAGCUCACCUCCCGGCCCGGUCCCGGAGGGUCAGAUCCGCGUCUACAGCAUGAGGUUUUGCCCCUUCGCUCAGAGGACGCUGAUGGUCCUGAAGGCCAAGGGAAUCCAGCACGAAAUCAUCAAUAUCAACCUGAAGAACAAGCCUGAGUGGUUCUUUAAGAAGAACCCCUCUGGGCUGGUGCCGGUUCUGGAGAACAGUCAGGGUCACUUGGUCACCGAGUCUGUCAUCACUUGUGAGUACCUGGAUGAGGCAUACCCGGAGAAGAAGUUAUUUCCAGAAGACCCGUACGAGAAAGCUUGCCAGAAGAUGACCUUGGAGUUAUUCUCUAAGGUGCCGCCUUUGGUUGGAAGCUUUAUUAGGGCAAAGAGAAAGGAAGACCGUCCAGGCAUCAAGGAAGAGCUGAAGAGAGAGCUCACCAAGCUAGAGGAGGCUAUGGCUAAUAAGAAGACAACCUUCUUUGGUGGGAAUUCUCUCUCCAUGAUUGAUUAUCUUAUCUGGCCUUGGUUUCAACGCCUGGAAGCAUUGGAGCUCAAUGAGUGCGUAGCCCACACUCCAAAACUCCAGCUCUGGAUGGCCGCCAUGCAGAAAGACCCCGUAGUGUCGUCCCACUUCAUUGAUACCAAGACCUACGGGGAUUUCUUAAGUCUCUACCUACAGGACAGCCCCGAGGCCUGUGAUUGUGGGCUCUGAAGGGCAAGAGCCCUCAGCCAGUGUUUUCCUUCACUGGUUGAAUAACGUGCUUUUAUUUUACCCAAUAUUCUCACUGGCUCAUUUCUCAUAAUUUGACCUUAUGGCCUAAACUGGGUUUCCUCUGGGGGCUCCGCUACUGCAUUUCUGUUUCAGAACAGUCUGUUCUAAUGGCCCUAACAGUCCCCACUAACACCCCUGAAACCAUCACCUCUGGUUUGAUCCAGACUUCUAGAUUUGGAUUUCAAGAAAAAUGUCAAGUUUUUGAUUUCUCGUCUCUGGAAA